CGCGACUACCUGAAGAACCUGCACAUCGAGUACAGCUACCAGUGUCACCGCGAGGGCGACCCCGACGGUUGCCAGCGCCUCGCCGACUACCUGGAGGCCGUGAAGAAGGACUUCGACGCGGCGGCGCGGGUGCUGCGCGAAAACUGCGAGGCGCACGAGCACAGCGAGAGCUGCUACAAGCUGGGAGGCUACCAGGCUAUCGGGAAAGGUGGACUCAUCCCAGAUUUGAAAGCUGCCUACAACUCCUUUAUGAAGUCUUGUGAGAAAGGUGGGAAGAAGUCAAUAAAUGCCUGUCAUAACAUCGGGCUCUUGGCCCACGAUGGGCGAGUAAAUGACGGUAAACCUGACCCAGUUGUCGCUAGAGACUAUUACACAAAAGCUUGUGAUGGCAAUUUUGCUGCUAGCUGCUUCAACCUCAGUGUAAUAUACCUGCAGGGAGCACAGGGGAUCCCUAAGGACAUGAACCAAGCCUUGAAGUAUUCCCUGAAAGCCUGUGAGCUGGGUCAUGUGUGGGCUUGUGCUAAUGCCAGUCGAAUGUACAAACUAGGAGAUGGCAUUGAGAAGAAUGAUGCCAAGGCAGAAGCAUUGAAAAACAAGGCAAAACAGUUGCAUAAAGAACAGAGAGAAGCACCGAUGUCUGUAACAUUUGGGAAUUAAAACUGUCAGUUGUAGUUCUUAAACCUGCAAUUUUACAUGUUGAGUGAACUUAUUAUUUAAAUCACAUGGGCAUAUGGUUUUUAAUCGUAGUAAAUAAAUAUUCUGUAAAUUUUUUGCAUAUACAAAUAAACCUAUGUUUU